AUGGAGGUGAAGGAGCUGUCCGUGGUGUGCCCUCAUCAGCGCCAGGGCUUGGUGGGGCUCCUACACAUCGAGAACUGGCGCGGCUUGCACACCCUCAACGCCGUGGACAUGGAGCUGUACACUGGCCUCCAGAAGCUGACUAUCAAGAACUCAGGACUUCGGAGCAUCCAGCCCAGAGCCUUUGCCAAGAACCCCCACUUGCGCUAUAUAAAUCUGUCCAGUAACCGGCUCACCACCCUGUCCUGGCAGCUGUUCCAGACGCUGACUCUUCGGGAACUGAGACUGGAGCAGAACUUCUUCAACUGCAGCUGCGACAUCCGCUGGAUGCAGCUGUGGCAGGAGCAGGGGGAGGCCACACUCAACAGCCAGAACCUCUACUGCGUCGGCGCCGACAGCUCGCAGCUGCCCCUCUUCCGCAUGAACAUCAGCCAGUGUGACCUUCCUGAGAUCAGUGUCAGCCACGUCAACCUGACCGUACGAGAGGGCGACAACGCUGUCAUCACUUGCAAUGGCUCCGGAUCACCUCUGCCCGAUGUGGACUGGAUGGUCACUGGGCUUCAGUCCAUCAACACGCACCAGACCAAUCUGAACUGGACCAACGUGCACGCCAUCAACCUGACGCUGGUCAAUGUGACGAGCGAGGACAAUGGCUUCACCCUGACCUGCAUCGCCGAGAACGUGGUGGGCAUGAGCAAUGCCAGCGUUGCCCUCACCGUCUUCUACCCCCCACGCGUGGUGAGCCUGGAGGAGCCCGAGCUGCGCUUGGAGCACUGCAUCGAAUUCGUGGUGCGCGGCAACCCGCCGCCGACGCUGCACUGGCUGCACAACGGGCAGCCGCUGCGGGAGUCCAAGAUCAUCCACGCGGAGUACUACCAGGAGGGCGAGGUCUCAGAGGGCUGCCUGCUCUUCAACAAGCCCACCCACUACAACAACGGCAACUAUACCCUCAUCGCCAAGAACCCCCUGGGCACUGCCAACCAGACCAUCAAUGGCCACUUCCUCAAGGAGCCCUUCCCAGAGAGCACGGACAACAACUUCGUUCCUUUUGUCGAAGGGAGCCCUACCCCUCCUGUCACUGUGACCCACAAGCCCGAGGAAGACACAUUCGGGGUAUCCAUAGCUGUUGGCCUCGCCGCCUUUGCCUGUGUCCUGUUGGUGGUCCUCUUCAUCAUGAUCAAUAAGUAUGGUCGGCGAUCCAAGUUUGGGAUGAAAGGUCCUGGGCGGGCUGGCUACAGGGUGGUGGACUCUGGUGCUGACAAGCUGCCCAUGUGGGGACAGCUCGGCAUGCAGGUCUACACAGAAUCCCGAACGGAUGCCAAGAGCAACAAGACUGCUAUAUCUCCUGGCCAAGUUCCAUGA